GGUGUAAUAAAUUGCAGUUUCGAAGAAGAAGAGUUGAAAGUGGAUAAAAUGGCGCCAAAGUAUGAGAGGUUAGGCAAUGGCGUGGAAUGCCCUCAAAAAGUGGAGCUAAUUAUGGAAAAAUGCAAAGAAAUGGGAACAACUAAUGAUACAAAUGGCAGAUUGAUGUGGGAUAUAUUGGACGGCUUUAAAUAUGCCGGUUACCUAAAACCAAUACUCCGUGACGUGGUUUUGGAGAGCACUAGUCUUUCGAGCUACGAGAAAGUUAGUAACUACUGCAAACUGCCCAACGACACCAUGUUGAAAUAUUGCGCCAUACUCAAUUCUAAAGUGGUCGAAUCAAAAAAACUACGCGAUCGUGUUCUGGGUUAUCUAACCGAUGCUGCCAACCAAGCUAGAAUUAACUUGGGCGAAGUGUUAUGUAUUGUGCGUAAAUACUGGGACGAUGUGCUGAAUAUGCACGAAGACAUCGAUGGCUUCAGAGAGUCCACUCGCGAACGCAUCGCAAUCUUUCCAUCAUUCGUGACCAGAGCUGAGUUACAUCUCGGUGUGAAAGCGGACGCCAAGUGCGAACUCGGCGAGAAGUACCCUGAUGCGAAACACAAAUCAAUUACCGUGUCGCUUGUUCAAAUAUUUACCAAAUACGCGGACUUUGCGCUAUAA